CCUCAGUUGACUCCUGCUCCUGUGGUACUCACAUCUGGGAUACAAACAAUCAGGGCAUCUGUGUGGAUUAUAGCUAUGGGACCUUUAAAUCUCUUUCCAGUCUUGGUUCUGUCCUUGUGCUAUUUUGAUCAGUUCGCUUUAGCCUGGACGGUCAAUAACUUCCUCAUGACUGGACCCAAGGCUUUCCUGACCUAUGCCAGCAGCGUGCAGAUGGGCGCACAAAGUGGAAUACAGGAGUGUAAACACCAGUUCGCAUGGGAUAAGUGGAACUGUCCAGAGAACACGCUCCAACUUUCCACACACAACGGUCUUCGAAGUGCCACAAGGGAGACAUCUUUUGUCCAUGCAAUCAGCGCAGCCGGGGUGAUGUACACGCUUACCAAAAACUGUAGUAUGGGAGACUUUGACAACUGUGGCUGCGAUGACUCCAGAAUUGGACAGACAGGUGGAAGAGGCUGGAUUUGGGGAGGCUGCAGUGAUAAUGUGGCGUUCGGAGAGAAGAUCUCUAAACAGUUCGUGGACGCACUGGAAGGUGGACAUGACUCGCGCGCAGCAGUCAACUUGCAUAACAACGAGGCCGGCAGACUGGCAAUCAAAGCUACAAUGAGGAGAGCCUGCAAGUGUCAUGGAGUGUCCGGUAGCUGCAGCAUCCAAACCUGCUGGAUGCAGCUGGCCGACUUCAGGGAAGUGGGAACCUACCUGAAAAUGAAACACGAGCAAGCAAAGAAGCUGGAGAUGGACAAGAGACCCGUUAGGGCCGGGAACAGCGCAGACAACAGAGGGGCCAUCGCGCACACUUUCCGGAGCAUCGCUCGCACGGAGCUAAUUUACCUGGAGGAUUCUCCGGAUUACUGCGUCAAGAACCUGAGCCUGGGAUAUCAGGGUACGGAGGGCCGGGAGUGUCUAAAGGGGGGCAAGAGCAUGGCCCAGCGGGGGAAGAAGAGCUGCCGCAGGCUGUGCUAUGAAUGCGGCCUCAGAGUUGUGGAGAAGCGCAUUGAGGUUGUCAGCAGCUGCAACUGCAAGUUUCACUGGUGCUGCACAGUCAAAUGUGACAAAUGCGUGCAGGUGGUGACCAAAUAUUACUGUGCACGUAGAGUGAGCGGAAGAAAACCACACAACAAAACGAAGCGCAGGCACCGUGCGCGCCGGCAAUGAUUGUAAUUUGCUGUAUAGACAAUGAAGCUAGUAUCUGUAUCACUUCUCGUUGCAUUCACAUUUCUGAAAGCAUGGGGCAUAAUUCUGUAUUGUAACAUUUUUAUUUUCAUUCCUUUUCUCAUUGCUUGUGGCCUUUUAAUGCACUUUAUCUGAUGGAUGUGAUUCUGUUUUUACAUCAGUUUUGUUCUUGAGCACCAACCUCUCUACGCAUGCUCACACGCUGAUGUUUGUGUUUAGGGAUGUUUGGUAAGGAUUGUUAUUUGUCUUCUGUGAAGUCUGUAAAUGUCAAAUAUCUAUAUGUGUCUAAAUAAACAAAUAACUAUUUUUCUAAAUUAA